AAAAUCCAAAAAAUCGCGAUAUUAUUGAUGGAAAGGCAGCAACCGGUGCUCCUGUUGGUGGCAAGCCUGUAACCAAAAAUGCAGGAUUUACACAAAUGGCUUUAUUUGUAAACAAACGGUGCAAAGAUAGCCAAUGGAAUGCUAAAACAGCAACUGGCCAUUGGGCUACUUAUAAAAAACUAUAUAUAGAAACUCAAAAGCUAGUUAAUAAAUCUGGGUGGGGAUUAACUGAAGAUGAUCAUGAAAAAGGUAUUACAACUAUAGAAGCUAAGUUGGAAGAAUUAUGCCCAUAUUAUAGCCGUAUUGAUGCUAUUUAUGAUGAUAUUAAUUUAGAAGAUGAAUCUGAUGAUAAUUUAUCAAAUAUUGCCGGUAAUAAUAAUUUAUAUGAUAACAACUUUAAUAAUAAUUAUGCUGAUAAUAAUGAUUUGUAUGAAGAUAAUUUUAAUAAUAAUAACGAAGAUUUAUUAGCUGAAUCAAAUGAAUUGAGCUCUAAUUGUAAUAAAAGAAAACACAUUUCUGAAGAUAUUUCAUCAAAACGGCAACAUUUAUUAUCAUCUUCUAAAAAUAAAAAUGCAAAAAAUUCUGCAAAAGACAUUUAUUUUAACACUAAACAACAAAGUCUUACAAUUAAAAAAGAUCAAAUU